AUGACAAUAUCUCAUGAUGAAGCAGCUAAAUUACACAGAUUAAUUCUCCUCUUACGAGCAACACAAGAUCCUUAUUUGAGCACAAAGCGCACAGGCCCUAGCAGCGCGCACACGCUCCUCUGCUUCGCAGCCCCGCGCAUCCGCGCCCCGCGCUUGGCCUUGCACAACCUGCGGCCAGCCGGCAGGCCCUUCUUCCUGCAAGAUGGCUCCUCCACGAUGACCCUUCCGAGGAAUCAACCCGAGGUGCCACCUACGCGCCCAGAGACGGCCCGCGGGCCUCGGUCCUCACCGCGGACCCGAGGCCGGACUCGGUCGGAUGCGCGACCCCUGCCUGAUGUCUUUUUGACUCCCCAGACCUCGACUCAUUUCAUCCCCUUCCUCCCACGCCCCCUUCCCUUGCGUUUCCUUCCCGCUGGUAAAGCGCGGUGGAAGGCCAGGCUUCCUUCCGUCCCCCGCGCGCGCGGAGCGGCGCUGCAGCCUCGGCGGGCGGCAGGGUCACGGCGCCGGGCGUGCGGGGGAGGACGCGGGGAGGCGCCUUCCCGGCUCCCGAGACCCACCACCUCCUGCCCUCCCUGAAAGCCGGAGCGCGGCGGCGGCUGCGGCUGGGGUCCCGCGGGCGGAAGUGAGAAGCCGGGCGUGGGAGGAGGCUGCGGCUGGGGGCUGGGAUCCCCUCCCGGCUGACAGCCCGGGACGACCCGAGCGGGCAGCGCGCGCCGCCCCGGCCUUUUUUGGCGCGGACCGAGGCCGGAGGGCCGGGGGGGGGGGGCGAAGCCGAGCCACCGCCCCCGGGACCGGGAG